GACGUUUGGUCACUCGAUUAUUCGAACAUACCAAUAACAAUAAUAAACAAGUAAAUCAAAAAGAUCAGUGAUUUACUGAUCUAAUUAUUAUUAUCUUAUUAUUGCCUGAUGCGUUUGUUUUGUUUAUUUGGUGACAAAUAACACAAGUCUUUCCAGUUAAUCAAGUUUUGAAUGAUGGAAAUAUAUUUAAUUUUGAAAUUUGAAAGCUUCUAAUAUGGAUUCAGAACCAUCAGGAAGUUGGGGAAAAGGUAGAAGAGGCAGGAGAGGAAGAAAGGGUCAUUUUGGAAAACACCAAGAUGAAGGAAGAGGCAAAGGAUAUAUCAGAGGGCUGAUGGAUACCAGGAACCGAAUUGAAAACUUGGAGUAUAUGGAUGUAGCUUCAAUGGAGUAUUAUGAGUUCAAAAGGAAGCUACAAAGAGGACGAGACCGAGAAGAUGACAGGGAGAAACCUCCUCCAGGACUCAAGGGGAGGGCUUUAGGUAUGUGGUAUAGAGACAGAUCAAAAAGGGAAAAGAGGGAGAGAAAAGAAGACCAAAGAGAGCCGUGUAUAGAGCUGUCAUUGGAUCGUGGUAAAGAGAUGGCGAUCAGGCAGAUAGUCGACUCUAUUGGUACUCCUCUAACGGUGCCAGUUCAAACGCACAUCCCUGAGAGAGUAAUUAAGCGGUCAAGAAAGAAUUCUAGAUCAAGAUCACGUUCAAGGUCAAAAUCUCCUGAAGAAAUUCGUAGAGAGAUAAAAAAAGAACCAUUGGAAGAUGAGAAGCCAAUGACGAUUGGUGACAAGUAUAAACACCUGGAAGAGAGUGCUUUCAAGAGACUGUUUCUGCGCAGCAUCACUGGGAGCAUGAGUAAAAACGUGGACAAUGCCCUGCAGAUGAAAUCUAAACUGUCGAGGGAACGAGAGCUGGACAGAGAGCUGCUGGAAGACCUGAGGGAGAAGCAGAGCAGUGAGCAGUAUCUAGAGAUGCAAGAGUUCCGGAGAAAGUUGCCAGCUUGGGAGAAACGAGAGGAGCUGCUGCAUAUGAUCGAAAACAACCAGAUCAUUGUCAUCAGUGGUGAAACUGGUUGUGGUAAGACAACGCAAGUAGCUCAGUUCAUCCUUGACAAUGAGAUAGAGCGUGGGCGAGGCUCCAUGUGCCAUGUCGUCUGUACUCAGCCUCGACGUAUAUCAGCCAUCAGUGUGGCUGAGAGGGUGGCGGACGAGCGGAACGAAACAGUGGGCGAUGAUGGGGCUGUUGGCUACACCAUCCGGCUUGAGUCACAUCCACCUCGUAAAAGAGGAUCCAUAUUAUACUGCACUACAGGAGUUCUGCUGCGGAUGCUGGAGGAAGAUCCAGCUCUAACCGCUGUAUCCCAUCUAAUACUGGAUGAAAUCCAUGAGAGAGACACCAUCAGUGACUUUGCCAUAACCAUAUUGAAAGACAUCAUACCAAAGAGGCCAGAUCUGAGGCUGAUCUUGAUGAGCGCGACACUGAAUGCGGAUCAUUUCUCUCAGUACUAUAACAACUGUCCGACAGUAAAUAUUCCUGGGUUCACUUUCCCAGUACAGGAGUUCUACCUAGAGGAUGUUCUGCAGAUGACCAGGUAUAUUCCAAAACUGAAGAAUAAUGGUAGAUAUCAGAAGUUUCGUGGUCAGAAUCCAAAGAAAUGGAGAAUGAAACCCAAAGAAAAAGAGGAAAUGCUUCUAUUUAGAGGCAUGGUUCAUCCAUACUUGAGAGAAUUGACAUCCAGCAAGAACUAUUCCGCACAGGUGAUUGAUUUCUUGUACAACCAGGAUUCUGAGGAGUUGAGUUUAGAACUGGUGACAGAACUGAUAAAGUAUAUAGACAGGACACAAGGUGAAGGAGCUAUACUUGUUUUCCUGCCUGGCUGGGAUAAGAUAUCAACUCUCAAUAGGAUGUUGACCCAGGAGGGUUUGUCUGAGCGAGCUGGUUACUUGGUGAUACCUCUGCACUCCAUGUUGUCUACAGUGUCCCAGAAGUCUGUGUUCAACCGCCCACCAAGAGGAGUGAGAAAGAUAGUGAUAGCCACGAACAUAGCGGAGACAUCCAUCACCAUAGACGACGUGGUGUAUGUGGUCGACUGUGGAAGAAUCAAGAUGAAGAACUUUGACUUGAACUUCAAUGUGACAACACUGAAAGAGGAGUGGGUCAGCCUGGCUAACGCCAGACAGAGGAGAGGGAGAGCUGGCAGAGUGCGUGAAGGUGUGUGCUACCACCUGUUCACCAAAGCCAGGGAGCAGCUGUUGGAGUCAUACCCAGUACCUGAGAUGUUGAGGACCAGGCUAGAGGAAGUGAUAUUGCAAGCCAAGAUGUUACAAUUAGGCAGCAUCAAGCCUUUCCUCUCCAAAGUAAUGAAUCCUCCCGAGCCUAAAGCCAUAGACCUAUCUCUAAAGCUUCUGAACGACUUGAACGCCCUGGACAACGAUGAACAUCUGACACCCCUCGGCUACCACCUGGCCAAACUGCCCAUGGACCCCCAGACAGGCAAGAUGAUCCUGAUGGGAGCUCUGUUUGCUGUGAUAGACCCUGUGUUCUCUGUGGCUGCUAGUCUCAGCUUCAAAGACGCUUUUGUAGUUCCUAUCGAAGAAGAGAAGGCAUUCUUCAGAAAAAAGAAGGAAUUGGCCAUGGGCACCAAGAGUGAUCACUUGGUGUUAGCCGAGGCCCUCACACGCUGGGAGGCAGAGAACCAGACCAACGGUGGCUGGAGGUUCACCAGAGAAUACUACCUCAGUCCUAACACCCUCUCCAUGCUCAAAGAUAUGAAGAAGCAGUUUGCCCACCACUUACAUGACAUGCGAUUCCUGUCCACAAGUUACGUCAAGGACAGAGAAAGCAACCGAAACUCCCAUAACAUUGGACUCAUCAAAGCCAUUAUCUGUGCUGGUCUCUACCCGAAUGUUGCCAUCGUCAAAAAUGUCAAGAAAACAAAGAAAGGUGAUAUACGGCAGAAGAUAUUUACACCAGAAGAUGGUCCUGUAAGCUUGCACAUACGCUCAAUAAACAGCAACGAGCCGUUCUUCGAGGGACGGUUCCUGGUGUACCAUCUCAAAAUGAAGACCUCCAAGGUGUUCCUGCACGAUACCACCAUGGUGUUCGCCUUGGCUCUCAUCUUCUUUGGGCACAACUUUGAGCUGUUCAAGGAGAAUGGGAUGGUGGUCAUAGAGCUGUCUCCCAAAAUACGCUUCACCUGUGCAACCUCCACUGCUCUCUUGGUGAAGGAGUUGAGGCAGAGAUUAGACCAGCUGCUGGAGUACAAGGUAGCACACCCGGGCGUAACGGACUGGGACCAGAGCUCUGACGAGGGGAAGCUGCUCCGGGCAAUAGCUGAACUGAUAUCUCACGAGGAUGAGAAGCUAAGUAUGGUAGAUGAGAGUGAUGAGGACGAGGACGAGGAUGAGGAUGAAGAUUUCCCAGACUACACAGAGGACCGAUACUCUCAGGGUUCAUCCAACAGUUACCGCAGUGACUACGGUCGUGCCAGUACCUCUGGGGUCACCCCAUUCCCUCGGUUUUGAGGUCUCCACACACAGACACACUCCACCUACCUAUUUUGGAUCCAUGAACCUGUGAACCGAGUUCAAUCAAUAAAAUUAUUUCUCUUUAUGAAAACAAUGGAUAUGAAAUGUUCAGAAAUUAAAAUUAAGAUUUUGUUAAUACAGUUAAUACUGCACAGUUAAUCUGAUUUAUUUAACUGUAAGGAAAAGUGACUUAUGUUAAAAAUUUCAAUAUGGAUAUGUUAUUUAUUUAUUUGAGAAACUUCCAUUGUUUUACUGUUGUAAUAGUAAUGUUAAGAACAGUAAUAUUUCUAAUUUGUUUUAAUUUUUGAUCAAACUCUGAAUGUAACUUUAUAAACCUGGAUCUGUGUUAUUACCAAAGGAAUUUGAGAUCAUUUUUGUUGUGAAUGAUCUGUUUAAAUUUAUAGUGUUUUAUAGAAUCCUAUGAAAUAAUAUGAAUGUAUUUUUUUA